ACCAAGUACAAAUGAUAAAGCGGAGAAGGGGGAGCGUGUGGGGAGGUGAUGCGAACAAGUUGGGAGAAAUAGGCAUCUGCGUACUGAGUGGGUAUGUAAUUGGUUGGCAAGGAGAGUGUCACCGCACGUGCAGACUGGCGCGAGCGAGGUGUGGUCUCGACUCGCCAAAAGACUGUCUCAUCGACAGGUAAAUUGUUUUCCGCAAGCUUCUUGACCACUUUCACGAACACCCGUGUAUCUGAGCCGCACUUUUUGCGCCGCGUCUGACCCACAAUGCGGACGUUUUGCUGGGCUGGGCUGCGUUCGCUUGAGCGCAUAUGGAAGAGCCCACAUGGGCACCAUUUAGACCUGCGGUUGCCAAACGGACAUGGUUGUCACCAGAUCCGCCGCCAGCUUACGUGAGUCAACGUCGUUGGCUUGCGUUGUUGCCGUGGAUGCGGUCAAUAUGUGGUCAAUUACGCACUGAUUUGGAUGCGGGUUGCGAGCAGGAGCCCGCUGCGGGACUAACAACCCGCAAUGCGACGCACAGCAGAUCGUGAAAAUGCCGCACCGAUAGCUGUAACGCAAGAAGAGGUGCACGUUGGAGGCCUUGUGGAGGUAGGCGACAGUGGAGAUCCGCACGCGUGCGAGGGAGGGCAGCGGUAUGACGGACUCGACUGCCUGUCACUCGCGAGGAUUUUGACUAUCAAAGAUGCCACCACCUGCCUGCCAAUACCACGAGGAUGCCGUAUCAGUGCAGAGCUCAGUGUGGCGCGGACUCGGGUCAAGCACUUGCGCCCAUGGCCCAUCUGUCGAGCCACACCCCACUACGAGUCGCAAUUGGCUGCGACUUGAUGACUCGGUACUUACAAGCCUCACGUGCACGGCCAGCGCUGGUGCUGGUGUUGGCGCUGGCGAUGGCGGCGGCGGCGGCGGCCGGGAAGGAUACGGCGGGGGGCGCGAGCAGGGCGGUGCCGAGAGGGUGGAAUGGGACCGGGCGCAAGUACGUGGUGGAACAGGUGGCAUCGAACCACACGCUGGUAGCGGCAGCGCUGGCGCAGCGCGGGUGGCUGCCGUGUCCGCCGCGGCGGUUCGGGCGCGGCUGCCGGGCGGCGGCGCUCAAGUGGACGUGGUCGCCGGAGCGGUUUGCCAGCGAGCCGGAGGGGCGGGUGCUGAACCACUUCCACACUGCUGCUGUGAUGACCCACAAGGACUUGCUGGCCGAGGCCCUGCUUGCCACCCACGGGGAGGACGCUGCGUGGGAGCUGCUGCCGCGGUCGUACAUUGUCCGCGCCCCGCUCCCGACGGGCGAGGAUGACGACGAGGGGAGCGUCAACGGCGAGACGGUCGACGACGACGGCGAGGCGCUGCUGGCUGCGCUGACGGGGCCCGAUGCUACCGCUACUACCGACGACCCGCUGAGCGGCGACUCUUGCUUGGCCGGAGCAUCCGUGCCGGACGUAGCCGGCGGUGGCGAGGUGCGGGCCGAUGGCGGCGGCGACGGCGGAGGUGCCGAGCGCAAGGUGUGGAUUGUCAAGCCUGCGGCGGCGGCGCGAGGGGUGGGCAUCGAGCUGUUUGACGACGGCGCGGCGCUGGUGGAGUUUGUCAACCGUGAGUUUGCGCGGUCGCACGCCGAAGCAGCGUUUGUGGUGCAGGAGUACGUGGGCAACCCGCUGGUCAUCCGCGGCAAGAAGUUUGACAUCCGCCAGUUUGUCCUCGUCACCUCGCUCAACCCGCUGACGGUCUUUGUGCUCGACGACGCGUACCUGCGGUUCUCGACUGAAGACUACACGCUCGACAACCUCGACGACCGGUUUAUCCACCUCACCAACCACCAGGUGCAGAAGGACUCGGCAUCGUACGCAUCGUCGGGCAUUCCGGGCAACCAGUGGUCGCUUGCCCAACUCACAGCGCAUCUGGCGGCCGAGUAUCCGGACACGCCGCAGCUCUCACCAACAGCGCUGCGAGCCAACAUGAUUGAUCUAGUGGUGAAGACGCUCGACGCGUGGGGCCCGGACGGCCACCGCGAGCGGUCGUUCGAGCUCCUUGGUUUUGACGUCCUCGUCGACGAGACCGGCAAACUCUGGCUCCUCGAAGUCAACAUCUCGCCGGGCCUGCACUUGACGACCGACAUAGUGCGGGCUCACCACAGCCAUGCCAUCGAGUCGCUGUUCCAGGUUGUGCUCGACGAUUCGCAGACCGCCUUUCCGUCGCCGUCCGCCCACGCCAGCCUCUCGCCUGACGAACGCGCCGCCGCCGCCGCCGUCCGCGCCGCCGCCAUCCUGCCGUGCUCGUCGGCAACUUCCUCGCCGCUGCCGCCGUGCGAGAUCAAGGUCGGCGGGUGGGAGCUAGUCCGCCGCGGCGAGUACGACGCCGCCGCCGCUACUGCUGCCAGCGGCGCCUUUGCUGAGUUUCAGGCGAGCAGCGCGUCGCUCUCCAUCUCCUCGAUGAGCUAAGAACAGAGUUUAUGUGUG